AGAUGGCUACCAGUGAGCUGAAUCAGUUUCUGGAAAAUGUUGAUGAGAAAGUCUUAGAGUGUGCCAUAUGCCUCAACAGACUUCAAAAUCCUAAAUCACUCAACUGCCUCCAUACUUUUUGUUUGGCAUGUCUUGAAGGUUGGGUAAGGAAAGAGAAGGGUAAGCUGACCUGCCCAACUUGCUCAAAAUCUUAUCAUAUUCCAGAGGGCGGGCUUCAAAAGCUUCCACCAAAUACCAUUUUAAAUGACUUAAUUGAAAUUACUGAAAAAUUUUCAAAAACAGACCAGAUGAAAUGUGUUUGUGCAAAAGGAGAGGCAAAAUACUACUGCCAGGAAUGCAGACAUUACUUGUGCUCUACCCAUAGUGAAGAUCACAAAAUAAUGCCCAUCUCAGCAAAUCACAAGCUACACUCAGUCGAGGAUCUGCAAUCAAUGAGCCCUUUACAGAUAGCAGUGUUACAUCCUCCGUUGUGUUCCCUUCACAAAGAGCCUUUAGAAUUUUUCUGCUCCAUAUGCAAUAUUCCAAUAUGCAUGCAUUGCACAAUUACUGACCAUAGUGUAUGGGAAGGAAAUCACAAACCAAUAAGCAUUUCUAAAGCAUUUCAAACAUUCAAAGAAACUUCAAAAACACUAGAGAAAUCAGCCAAUCACUGCAAGUACCUAUUGCAUGAUUGUCUGAAAGCUGUUAUAAAAAAUGCUACGAACCUAGAGCAAAGCAAAGCUACAAGUUUAAGAGACAUUGACAAUCAUUUGCAAGAAAUGGUCAAGAAAAUGAAGGAGAAUGCAGAGAAAUUAAAAAAUGAAGUAGAAACAACCUACAAAACAAAAAAGAAGGUAAUUGAUGAUCAAAUGGAGGAACUAAGAACAGCAAUAUCUGAUAUAAAUACAAAACUGAGUUUUCUGAAUCGAUUAUUGAACAGUGAUGAAGCUACAUCAAUGCAGUCAAGUGAAAGAGUAAUUACAGCACUGAAGGACAGAAUCAAUGAAUUGCCAAAAACAGAGCCAGCGGAUGAUGGAGAAGUUCACCUCUUUUUAAACAAACAUCAAAUAGCUUUUUUCCAACAAUGUGAUAUUGGGUAUGUAUCACACAAGGGGGCAGCAGACUGUCUAGAAUUAAAGGGAGAGGAAUCUGUGAGCCAAUGUCAGACAAUUGUUGCCAAAAUAAUUAAAACAGAUGAAUGUGAAAUAUAUGUAAAUCAACUGAAGGCAACAUGGACACAGCCUACAGGAGAAACCAAUAUCACACAAAUUGAAAAAGAUGACAAUGGAUAUUAUUUUGUGACAGGAAAAUGCACAAGUCCAGGUGUUUGUAAACUAGAUGUGAGUGCUGAUGAUGAACCAAUAAAGCAGUCACCAAUGAUAAUCAAAGUAGAGAAGGAAGGAUUAGUGAAUACAAUUGGCAUAGAAAAAGAAUAUGUUGUUAAAGAUGUAGUUAAGUGUAAAGAUGAUUGCUUGCUGACAUCAUGUGAGACAAAUGAAAUACUCAAGUACAAGCAAUCAGGAGAAUAUAUUGGUAUGCUUACAUUACCACAAGGUGUGCAAGCUUAUAGAAUGUAUACAAUGAAGAAUGGUAACAUUGUAUUGAGUGAUUUGGGUAAUAAUAGCAUAAAAAUAUGUAAUAUGAAUGGUCAGGUGAUCAAAUCAAUUGGUAAUGAAGUAUUGGAGAGACCGUUUGGUAUCCAUGUGGAUGAGACAUCAAAUGUUGUGUAUGCAGCAGAUGUCUGUAGUAACUGUGUGUUCAUGUUUGACAUUGAUAGUGGCCAAAUGAUGAAGAAGAUAGGAUCACCGGGUGGCAACGAUGGUGAAUUAGGUAAAGUCACUGAUGUUACUCUUACAAAUCAGAGACAUAUUCUCAUAUCGGAUAAUGAUUAUGGCAGAUUACAAUUAUUUGAUAAUGAGGGAAGGUUCUUGAAAGUCCUUGUUGAAGCAGGUGAUGAGGAUGGUAAGUUGAUAGAUCCCCGUGGAGUAGUAGUUGAUGAGGAUGACAACAUCAUUAUAUCAAGUAAUCACAAACUACAGCUAUUCAGUAGUGAUGGAAAAUUCAUCAAAAGAAUUGAUAAACCAGAAGAUGGAAUCAACAAUCCACGUGGAGUAUCCAUCAUUUCUUAUCAUCCACGCACAGUCGUAGUAGCAAAUAAUGGUAACAAAAGUGUAAACAUGUUUAAUUAUUAAAGAUAAUUGUGUUUGCAUUAAACUUGAAUAAUUAAUCUAUAUAGUAUAAAUUCUUUUAUUACAUAACAUUUUAAAUAACAUUUAAUCAUGUUUUAAGGAUGGCUGUCAAUUUGAUGGUAUUUAGCAAUGUAAUAUAAUCCAUCCCACUGGGGCCCUACAUGGCUUUAGACUCCUGUAGAUGCCAAGUUACUAUUGUAAAAAUUUGUAUCAAUUAACGUCAACAACUUGAAGGCCAAAGCUUUUGGGGCUUUAUGAUCUAUUAAUAAUUAUUAGUGUUUACAAUUGCAAAUGUUGGAAAGGACCUAGCUUAGUGAUGGAGUUGUUUUAAAUUGAGUGAAAAUAAUCUAGUAUUUUACAUGAUUUGAACUCACUAUUCAUUUUAAUGUAUAUUUUAUCUAUAUAUGUUUUUCAUUGAAAAAUGUACUCACUGCUACUUCUAUAUUGGACAAAUAUAUUUGAUUGAAUCUGAUUAGUUGGUUUAUACCCCCAAUAUUCAGCCCCCACGGGCAGCCCGCCAAAUAUUUUGAUCCGGCCGUGAAACACUGCUAAAAAUAAAUCAUUUUCCGGCUGAAAAAAAAAGUUUUUCUGUUUAGAGCAACACCACAUAGGCACCCCUACUCUAGCAAUGUUUACAAUAGUGUGGCUGCCACAUAGGCACCCCUACUCUAGCAAUGUUUACAAGAGUGUGGCUUUUUCUGAGUGUUGCUCACUGUAUCUAGUGGCAUAGGAUACUGGCAUGCGAUGUCUAACCAUUUGCUGCACCAGCAGGCUUGGGGCAUGUUAUUCUGUUAAAAACACUUCUUUGAAAACUUCUGAAAGUCUGAAAGUGUAAUUUCCAGAAGGUAUGUUGAAAAUGUGCUCUCCUCAACCCCAACCACUAUACUUUAUGCUGAUAUUGCACAAACUGUUUCAUCUUAUAAAUAUAUUUUGUGUUUACUUGAUUUUCUACUCUGUACCUUAAUUUGUAAAAUAAUGUACAACACAGAAUUUAGUGUUUAUUUGAUGACUGAUAAAUUAAAUUUUGAUUAACAUUUUGGAAUAUUUAAGUUUAAAAUUAUUAUCUUAUGUUUAUUGUUCAGUUGAUCUUAAAAAUGAGUCCAUGAUGGACCGGAAAUGUUGAUCCUUUUUGUCAAUAAAUUUUGUGUUAAAGUUA